AUGAGGGGUAGCGAUGGAAGGAUUGAUGAUGACGAUGAUAAAUCUAUGAGAAGAAAUGAGCAAUUUAGUAAUGCGAUAUCAUCUGGAGGCACUUACUCAAUUUCUGCUAAUGGGUUCUGGUCUAAACAUCGCGAUGAUGUUAGCUUCAAUCAGCUCCAGAAGUUCUGGAGUGAUCUGCCGCCACAAGCUCGACAGAAGCUGCUGAGGAUAGACAAGCAAACCCUGUUUGAGCAAGCUCGUAAGAACAUGUACUGUUCUAGAUGCAAUGGGCUAUUGCUUGAAGGUUUUAUGCAGAUUGUCAUGUAUGGUAAGUCUUUGCAGCAGGAAGGAGGAGGUGGGCACCUUCCUCGCAACAGACUGGAAGCUGCAAAAAAUCUAAAUGAUUGUGGAUCACAUGUAACAAAUGGAUGCCAAGAUGAAAUUCAAGAUCCAUCUGUCCAUCCUUGGGGUGGUCUCACCACUACACGUGACGGAUCAUUGACGCUUUUGAAAUGUUACUUGUUUUCAAAGUCUCUAAAGGGACUCCAAAAUGUCUUUGACAGUGCACGUGCAAGGGAACGGGAAAGGGAAUUGCUCUAUCCUGAUGCCUGUGGUGGGGGAGGUCGGGGUUGGAUUAGCCAAGGAAUGGCAAGUUAUGGUAGAGGACAUGGAACAAGAGAGACGUGUGCACUUCAUACUGCCAGGCUCUCUUGUGACACAUUAGUGGAUUUCUGGUCAGCACUUGGAGAAGAGACUCGGCAGUCUCUUUUAAGGAUGAAGGAAGAGGAUUUCAUAGAGAGGCUCAUGUGCAGGUUUGACAGCAAGAGAUUUUGUAGAGAUUGUAGAAGGAAUGUUAUUCGUGAAUUUAAGGAGCUAAAGGAGCUGAAGCGCAUGCGACGAGAACCUCGCUGCACUAGUUGUUUUUGUGUUGCAGAUACAGCCUUCCAAUAUGAGUUGUCUGGUGAUUCUGUCCAAGCUGAUUGGCGCCAAGCUUUUUCUGACACUGUUGGAGCAUACCAUCACUUUGAAUGGGCUGUUGGAACAGGAGAAGGAAAAUCCGACAUUCUAGAAUUUGAAAAUGUAGGCAUGAAUGGCAGUGUUCAAGUCACUGGUCUAGAUCUUCGUGGUUUGACUGCAUGUUUUAUUACCCUGAGGGCUUGGAAACUUGAUGGCCGCUGCACUGAGCUUUCUGUAAAAGCCCAUGCACUGAAGGGUCAACAAUGUGUGCACUGCAGGCUCAUAGUAGGUGAUGGUUUUAUUACAAUCACCAGAGGGGAAAGUAUCAGGAGGUUUUUGAGCAUGCUGAAGAGGCCGAGGAAGAAGAGGUAG